AGGUCUAAUUUAGUGACCAGUCCCCCAACACCUGAAUACCUAAAGGAGGAUAUGUUUCAAACCAAUCUUACAUUGACUCCAGCUCCGUCGAAGGGUAUUCUGAAAAGUAGAAGCCAGACCCCUGAGUUCCAAAACCACAAGAAAAGGGUUGGAGAGAGAGGGAAGAAAUUAGCAGACAAAGCUCUUAAUCUUAUUAAUCCUAUCAGAAAGUACGAGCAGCGUAGGAAAAAACUGAGAAAGAAUUUAGAGUGGUGGGAGGAUGAGAAAAUCCCCAAGAAUACCAGGCGUAAGAUCAAUUUUGCUGAUCGCGAACGAUCUUCAGUCCCGAGCCUGAGACUGAAGCGAAGAGUUUCAGAAUCUACAAUUCACUCCAUUGGAGUAAACUGUAGAGAGGAUGAAAGCCAGGAGAAGCAGUCUCUUCUCCCUAGGCAUACAAACAUACAGACUUUUAAAGAAAACUUAUACCUUUUUAUAGAAGG